AUGCUCUCAACAUCACCUCUCUCUCGUCGCUUUCAGCGCUCACCACUCCUCACUGGACUCUUCUGUGUCUUCGUCCUUUUCUUUCUUUUCCGCUCUCAUUCUAACCCCACAAGGCGUCUCACCAACGUCGCGUGUAAGCGCCUAAAACACCUACAAUCUUCUUAUGUCACAUCGGGUGACCGCGAAAGGGACGAGCGCGAGUGGGAGAUACGGCUAGGACGCACUGAUUAUGAUGCAUAUGUCCAAGAUAUCCAGAAUUCUUGGCGCUCACUAUUUAGAAGUGGGGGUGGCUGGCUGUUCUCGAAUGACGACGCCAACGAUCCCGUACCUCUCAGGAGCGUGCUGAAAUGGCUAGACAUCGAAGGUAAUCCUACCUCAUGGUCUCCAGAAGGCCAAAUACCACACCGCGUAUACACCACAUCCGAUGUCCCUCCAUCAGACUAUCCUUCCCAAUUCCGGUAUUGGGCUCAAAACGAUCCUAGUGGAAUGUUCCCUCCACCCUCCCCCAUGUCUACCAUCCUUUCCACCGUCCGAAAGCCCGUUCUCAAGGCCGACAUCCUACGCUACGCUAUCCUCCUUCAUAAAGGAGGGAUCUACACCGAUAUUGACACCGCCGCCACCCGUCCCUUCAAAGACUGGGGAACAUCUCGUACCAUUGACCUUUCCGACAGAGUACUCGGAGCCCUCCCCUACUAUCUGACUAACUCGCAAUUCGUCCAUAACACACCCCCAGGAAUGAUUGUUUCCCUCGAAACUUCAGGUACGGCUGACUCGGACUCGCUAGACGUCCUCGAAUGGACGGGACCUGGUGUGUUCACAGACGCGGUACUCCGGUAUAUGGUCGCGCGACACGGAAUCUAUCCUCGCCAAAUUUCAGAUCUUGAUGUUCCUGCCAGGAUAGGCGAUUUACUUAUCCUGCCCGCACGAUCAUUCCAAGCCGAUGCCAGUGAGGGCGAUCAGAAGGAACAGGAAUGCGUCUGGCAUGGUUUCUUGGGCAGUUGGAAGCAUAAAAAACCAAAAAAAGAGGACAAGAAAGUGGCAAGGCUGUAG